GGCCCUUUUCCCAUUCUUCCUCCCCAGCUUAUCCCAAGGAUUCCAGCUGCUGGCUGGGUGUGUGCUUUGCAUGCACUGGACGGACGCAUCCCGCGAGCGUUCACUCUGUUGCAUGACGAGGUAAUGCAGAGGGAAAGGCUGACCCUAGGCUAGAGUGAUGUCUUCCCUGGCAUUCUGCCUGUCACUGUGACAAUGCCUGGGCUGAUCCAUUCCCUACAGAUGAGCUGCAUGCCUGCAUUCAGACCCAGUGUUGGCUGCGGAGGAGGCCCCUUCUAAUCCGCAGGAAACAGCCGGUAAGGUACCCGCCGCCUAAGGGAUGCUGCUUACAGACAGGACUCAGGGGGGAGUGACAUUGACAUCUUGUGGAUCUCAUUCAGCUUGAGCCAUACAGGAUUUCCCCAUCACUACAGCGGUGCUAAUAAUAACCGGACCUGGGAUCACAAUGCUGUGACACAUCUCUCCGAUCACAUAUCGCUGCCGCGGGUUAAUACAGCAUUGUGGUGAUUGAGGACGGGGUGCUAUUGAUUGGCUCCUGUGCUGCUGGUGUGCUGCACGUCUCUGGCUGUAAAUCACAAUGGCGAGCUCCAGGAGCAUCGAGCUGGAGCAUUUCGAGGAGAGGAAUAAAAAGCCAAGGCAGUCCCGGCGGACUGGGGGAGGGCCGGGGAGCAGCUCCGGGUCUGUGCACAGGGGUAACGGACUGAUACCCAGCCCUGCGCACAGUGCGCACUGCAGCUUCUACCGCACCCGAACGCUGCAGGCUCUCAGCUCCGAGAGGAAAGCUAAGAAGGUACGCUUCUACCGCAAUGGAGAUCGCUACUUCAAGGGGCUGCCGUACGCCGUGUCCGCAGAGCGAUUCAGGUCCUUUGAUGCUCUGCUUAUGGAGCUCACCAGGUCCCUGUCUGACAACGUAAGCCUGCCCCAGGGGGUGCGCUGCAUCUACACUCUGGAUGGAGGCAAGAAGAUAACCAGUUUAGAUGAGCUGCAGGAAGGUGAAAGCUAUGUGUGCGCCUCGAACGAGUGUUACAGAAAAGUUGACUACAAUAGAAAUUCCAGUCCAAACUGGUCUGUGAAUGUAAGGACUGGUUCUGCACGGUCUCUGUCCACUUUAAUGGCUUUAAAGAAUGAGAUGAAGGAGAGCAAAGACUUCAUCAAGCCCAAGUUAGUAACUGUUAUACGCAGCGGAGUGAAGCCUCGCAAAGCUGUAAGAAUUCUUCUGAACAAAAAGACGGCCCAUUCCUUUGAGCAGGUUUUGACAGACAUCACCGAUGCUAUAAAGUUAGAUUCCGGCGUUGUCAAGAGGCUGUGCACAUUGGAUGGAAAACAGGUUACGUGUCUGCAAGAUUUCUUUGGAGAUGACGAUGUUUUCAUUGCCUGCGGACCUGAGAAAUACCGUUAUGCACAAGAUGACUUUGUACUGGAUCACAGUGAGUGUCGUAUUAUGAAACCUUCUUAUUCCCGUUCUGCAAGAUACCCAGGCUCGAAAAGUCCUGGGCCAUCACGCCGCAGCAAGUCUCCAGCUGCAGGAAAGAGGGGUGGCUACCACACCAGUGCCUAUUCCACAGCAAAAUCCCCAGUUAAUGGCACUCCAAGCAGCCAGUUAUCUACUCCCAAAUCAACAAAAUCAUCAUGUUCAUCUCCCACCAGUCCAGGAAGCUUCCGUGGUCUAAAGAUUCUAUCCCAUUGUGGAUCCUCGUCUAAUGUGAACGGCCUUCCGGAAAACUUGAAUAGUCCUGGCUUGAAUGGAAAUAAGUACACUGAUGACUCUGUAAUCCUUGAGAAAUAUAAAGUGGGAAAAGUGAUUGGUGAUGGGAAUUUUGCCGUAGUGAAAGAAUGCGUGGAAAGGUCAACUGGAAAGGAGUUUGCAUUGAAAAUCAUUGACAAGGCAAAGUGCUGUGGAAAGGAACAUCUAAUUGAAAAUGAGGUUGCAAUAUUGCGCCAGGUUAAACAUCCAAAUAUCAUUAUGCUUAUAGAGGAGAUGGACACUGCAACAGAGCUUUAUCUGGUGAUGGAAUUAGUCAAGGGUGGAGACUUAUUUGAUGCAAUCACAUCUUCAACAAAGUAUACUGAACGAGAUGCUAGCGCAAUGGUGUAUAAUCUAGGAAGUGCAAUGCAAUAUCUUCACAGCCUGAAUAUUGUCCACAGGGAUAUCAAACCCGAGAACCUACUGGUUUGUGAAUAUUCUGAUAAAACUAAAUCUCUAAAGCUUGGGGAUUUUGGAUUGGCCACGGUAGUUACUGGACCAUUAUAUACAGUGUGUGGAACACCAACGUACGUUGCUCCUGAGAUCAUUGCAGAGACUGGGUAUGGUUUAAAAGUGGACAUAUGGGCAGCAGGAGUGAUUACAUACAUCCUACUUUGUGGAUUCCCACCUUUCCGCAGUGAGAACAAUCUCCAGGAAGACCUGUUUGAUCAGAUUCUAGUUGGGAAGUUGGAGUUCCCCUCCCCUUACUGGGACAACAUCACCGAAUGUGCAAAGGAGCUGAUUAGUUGCAUGCUGCAAGUCAACGUAGAGGAUCGAUACACAGCCGAGCAAAUUUUGUGUCAUCCAUGGGUGUCUGAUGAUGCGUCUCUUGGAAAUGAUGUGCAAGUUGAAGUCACGGGUAAAUUAAAACAGCAUUUUAACUCGAUACCUAAAGAAACCAACACAACGGCUGCGGUGUCUGUGAUCAUGAACACAGCUCUUGAUAAGGCUGGGCAGAUUUUCUGUGGGAAACGCUGUGAUAUUCCUAGUACCACUGACCACGAGAAAGCACACACAGUAACAGCCGCCGAAGAUCAGAGCCGUGUGUCGGGGUCUACCGAACUACCGCUAUGAACCGGAGCCUUCCACUAUGGCACCACUGGAUGUCGAAGGGGCAAAUCCACUGGCCUGGUGGACGAUGACAAAAUCCAGCGUGUGCACACUUUUAAACUGCUCCUUUUCAUGUUUUUCUCGUCUCCUUUUGGUUGUUGAAUCUCUGGCUUAACUUUAAGUUUUUAUUGUGCUGUACAGAAGGAGCUUAAUGUACUUGACACUGAUUUGCAGAUAGUCCUGUUCAAAGAUGUUUCUCAUGUGUCAACUGCUCAAACAAAAACCAAGUACUAAAAUUACAUUACAUUUAUUUAUAUAGCACCAGCACUGUAUCGCUAUACAAUAACAGUCCGUAGGACAAAUUUAAAAUCACAAACAAUAACAAACUGGUACAAAAGGAGAAGAGGGUCUCGAGCCACGCAUUUAUCACCAAAACUGCCAACUACUGAGAAUCCCAUUAACAAGCCUGAUGGUUUUAACUCUACAGAGAUGCCUAGGAGAGAAUUUGGGAAGCGGUGCAAAAUAUUUAUUUCAUUCAUAGAUGUGUUUAAAUGACUACAUUUUAAUGUUUUGGGGGUAUUUUUGUUUUUUCG